CGUGCCCCGCCGCCACACAGGCCUUCUUGCUCCUCCUCGCCGCUCCGUAUUUAGCGCGAAUCAUCCAUUCACCAUGAAGGUCUUCAAGGAUAUCGUCUCAGGUGAUGAGAUGUUCACAGACACCUACAAGUUUGAGGACAUUGACGAUGCCUUCUACAUGGUGGUUUGCAAGAACACAACAGUGACCGAAGGCAACAUCGAACUUGCCGGUGCCACCUCUGCAGAGGAAGCAGAUGAGGGCACCGAGAGCUCCAGCAUUUCUGGCAUUGAUGUUGUCAUAUACAUGCGCCUCCAGGAGACUGGGUUUGGCACCAAGAAGGACUACCUCACCUACAUGAAGGAUUACAUGAAGACUUUGAAGGGCAAGCUUGAGGGAACACCUAACAUUGACAAGCUGCCAUCCAUCCAAAAGCCUCUUCAGGAGCUGCUCAAGAAGUUCAAGGACCUACAGUUCUUCACUGGAGAGUCCAUGAACCCUGACGGCAUGGUGGUGCUUGGCGACUACAAAGAAAUUGACGGGGAGGAGCGGCCAGUAUUGUACUUCCCCAAGUAUGGUCUAGAGGAGGAGAAACUAUGAGCCAAUAUAUUUAUUUAUAGAUAUAAUUACCCUAUAACACCAGGAUAGCCAUUGGAUCAUCAGUUACUCAUUACGGUCACUGAAUUUAAUAUGCGCUAAUAAAAUUAAAAUGCUCAUCAA